GGUGCGUUCUGCGCUGGCUGAGUGUUUAUUUGGGCACUCACGGCCACUCGGUGUGACGAGCGACAGGGAUUACGCGUUGCGCUUGCACUGCUUUGGCCGCAGCGUGGGCCUCCAGAGGCGGGAAAGAGUGCUCGCUUACGCACCCUGCAGCAAGAACGACGACCAGCACACCAGCCUCCUCCACCCUGCCCGACAAGUCUCAUACACCACCACCGACACCGACCGUCGACGUCGACCGCGUCGCGAUCUGCCGACCCACUUGCCAUGGCUGCUCCGAACCGCAGCUUUGCGGGGCGGAUAGCCUCGAUCAACUCGAUGGUCUCGGGCAUCGAGAACUGGGACGACGCCGACUUUGAGGACAGCGACGGGCUACUGUUCAAGGCCUCGACGGUGCACUCGCUGUCGUCGCGCCUCAGCGUGCGCUCCGAGUCCAACACGGGCGACGACGACUGGCAGGUGCUGCUGGCCCCCGACGACGACCUGGCCACCAACAAGGCCAUCUUCUCCGCCAAGCAGGCCGGCAUCCCCAUCCCCACGAGCGUGCCCGCGUCGGCCCUGAUGGGCGGCAGCAUCAAGCGCCUCGGCAAGCCGCGCUCCAGCAAGCGCGUCGAGCUGGACGAGGACUGGGGCAACGACCUCGAGCUGCCGGACCCCGCCAGGGGCGAGCUGAAGCUGCGCGCCCCCAUGCCGCACACGCCCGACGACCACGACGACUUCGGGGACGACUGGGGCGAGGGCAGCCUGGGCAUCCGCUUUGCGGGCACCAGGCGAGACCCGCGCGGCGGCCGCAGCUCGUCGGCCUCGGCCAUGAGCCCCAGCAUGGGCAGCUGCAUGACGCUGGAGAGCGAGGACGACGACCUGACCGGCCUGCUGCUGCCCGUCGAGCCCAUGGACUUCAGCGCCCGCCUGGCCCGCCUCAAGGCUGCCGAGCAGCCGCCUGCGCCGUCGCCGUUUGCCGGCCACCAGCACCGCGAGCCGCCCCCCACAUCAGUGCCCGCCGCGGUCCCUGCAGAGGACGUGCCCGUGCCGGCCGAGGAGUCCGUCCACCAGGAGCCCCCCGAGGAUGAUUUCGAGGCAGACUUUGACUUGCCCGCCAACUUUCCUCCACUGGCACUAACACACCCCCAUGCACAUUCGCCGGCCGUCACCCCGUUCACGUCUCCGCCGCUUGAGAGUGAGGCUGCAUCGUCGCCCGUGCCCCUGUCCACGCCGGCCGACGAGGAAGAAGACUUCAUGGACGGCCUCGACUUCGGUGCAGGGGAGGUCCUUGACCCACGGAAGCUCACGCUAAACCGCAAUAUUGUAGUCAAGAAAACAGCUUCCAAGCCAGCCACGCCUCCUGCUGCACGCCCUACUGCCUCCAUCACCUUCACUGACAAGCCGUCGUCGGGCUCCAGAAUACCUCGACCACUACCCACCUCGACGGCACGCACCAGGCUCACUCCCGUCUACGAAUCCGGCGCCGCCAUGCCCGUCAGCACCCGGCCAAUGCCCACUACCACUAGUGCACAGUACCUGAAGGCCAAGCGCUCCGCGCCGAUGCUCCGGAGCUCCAACUUCCAGCCAACUCCACGCUCCAGCGCACCCUUCCUGCCAGCCGGCAACUCGACUGCUCAAUCACACCAUGUCACAAACCGAAACUCACAGCCCCACCUUCGACGCGACUCCGACCCUCGCCGACCGCUGUCGCCGUCGAUGCGCUCACACUCGCGCAUGUCGCUCACCGGCCAAAUGGACCUACAGACCCCCAAUCGAGCCACAUCGCGAAGAGACCAGGCCCCGUCUGCCCUCGGUCGUCAUCCUCCGCCUCCAAAGAAAUUGACAAAGCCUUCGCGCAAGCGAAACUUCGGCGACGGCCACGAGCUCGAUCUCUUCGACGACCUGCCAACAUCUGUCGUCAAGGAGAAGCAGUACGAGAAGACACCUCGCAACUCUGCCAGUAACAAGACACUCCGGUCACAGAACAGCACUUCUCGUCUGCCCAUGCCUGACCGCAUGACCACGCCGCUGCCUCCUCAGACACCCAAGAGCCCACCAAAGACAGACAAUACGCCACGAUUCGCUCGAGACACUGCUUCUAGUAGGAAUGCCCGUGAACAGCGUCUGGCAGGUACAAGAUCGCGAGGCGAAGGCCCGAUCUUGCCCCCAACUCGACCCGUUAGCUGGCAAGCACAAGUCGCUGCCCGGAGCCCACACACAAGUCCGACGGCUCUUCGCAAGAAAGGGACGGGCUCAAAGCCACAAUUGAUUAGGCAAAUGACUCAGCCCUUCACACAAACCGAGAAGGGAAUGGUCUACAACCCCUCCAUGCAGCGUUGGGAAGGCAACGAGGAUGUUCUCGUCUCCUUCUCCCAGCCCAACAAUUCCACCACAACCCUCGCCUUGACCACAGCGAGCACACCUACUUUUGCGCCACCGGGCAUGUCGCACGGCCGUGCGCACGACCGCUCGCAAUCCAUGUCGCAUAAUCUCCUAUCAUCGAUCCACUCUAGGAAUCUUUCAGCGCCACGUUUGAUGAAAGUGCCUUCCAAUCCGGCACCAGCGCCGUCACCACCCCGUCCAGCUCUGAUUUCGCAGAUUUCAGCGCCUCGAGGUGUUCAAUAUGACGGGCGCAUGGUAUUUGAUCCGGUGAAGAUGACUUGGCUCAAGGCUCCGCGACACUCGACUGGCCCACAGUCACCCAUGUCAGUCGGAGAGGGAGACGAAGAAGAAGACCCAUUCGCCGGCCUGGACGACCUCAAAGACAACGAGAGUGUCGUCGGUGGCAACAACUACGGCGGUGGUGCAGGCGGCGCCACCAACGCUGACGAUCCUACAUUUGUCGGCGAAGAAUUUGACGUUGGCCCCAGUUUUAUUCGCAGACAGCGCGAAGAGGAAGCAGUCUGGCGACGCAAAGUCGAAGGCUGGGUCGGCGGCAUCCGCGACUCAGGCGAGGCUCGCGGUGGCUGGCGAUGGGCGAUCCGCGAGUUCGCCUCAAAUGCCUCCGCCGGCGCGUUCGAAAACUAAACGCUCUGUGAUUCGCGUUUACCAUACUCACGACUUUACGAUUGCAUUGCACAUUUGGAUAUUGGGCAUAUACCCACAGGCAAAAGGCGUCUGUACACAGUCCUCUCAGAUAUCCCCGAGUGUUAUGACGGGUGCCUGGAUGCGCGCCUCACUCUCUACGACAUAUUCAUGACUUAUGACUUUUUCUGCUUCUGCAUGGAAGACCUGGGCUACUUAGCUCGAGAUAGAGGAAGCUUUCAGGGUCAAAAUUACCACAGCGACGUUGGCGUUUUGCUUUAGCCUUCUGCAACGACCACUAAUAACACAUAGGGAUCUUGGAAUACAUACGAUAUUAUUAUUGAUGCUGAAACGUGCGUGCCCUGUUCCUG